AGAUUCACUUGUGCGAGCAAAUGACCUUAGAUCUUUGUGACCCGGGCGAUGUGUUUUCGGCUUUUUGGGCAAUUCUUCAACUAAGGGGCCUUGUGCAGCAUCUCCGGCAGUGUGCGGCAUCAAACCGGUCGAUUUUGGAGAGCUAUAUACCGCUCCAGGAACAAUGGAGGACAGACACAUUUGGCUCCCUAUACCCUUCCGACGAUCCAGAUAGCAGAAUCACGCGUUGGCUUGAAGGUGUCACCCUACCCAAAAUGUCACCCACCGGCACCAAGCCCACCCCAAUGUUGAGGACGGCAGACAUUGAAAAACAACUGGGACAUCGAGCUCUGUAUGUCCUUACUUAGUU